AUGGUAGAAUCCAGUUACAACAGCUCUUCAAAGAUCCACAAAAUGAUUGAGUACCGCACAAUUUAUCCUUUGUGUGUAGGCUUGAUCCUUGCUUCUGUAAUAGCAAUAAUCAUUCUUUAUAAUAAAAUGGCUCAGUGCGGAAUUAGUUCUUACCGAGAACUAUUCCUUUCUUCGCUUUUAUUAUUACGGGGUUCAGUUUUAUUACUACGGGGUUCAGUUUUCCACGUGGACCUUUAUCCUCAACACUAAUAUAUAAUACCGCAUAGGGUAUUUAUUUGGUCCAGGGUAUUAGGAAACACAUGGUAUUACUGCUUGACAUACCUGAGGAGGGUGACCCUUAGGCGGAACACGCUCAAGAGUCAAGCUCGGGCGAGGCAAUGGCCAGUGCGGACCUUCUGGCCUUAUGGGGGCGUCUUCUGUAAUGCCUGCUAGGCAGGAUUGCUGAUGAUGUCACCAGUUGUGAGUUAAUAGGAUAGGCUUAUGGAUGCCUAAAUUAUCCUGCUGAAGAGGGAAGACACUUUAAAUACUUCAGUAAUGUAAUAAUAAUUCUUUACUCUUCGGAAUACCAUUGAGUUAAAGAUGUGAAAGACUAUAUAAUAGCCCAAGAAAUUAAUCAUCUUUUAAGAGCUUCAAUAGCAAGAGGAUUAAUUUUCGGCUCACUUUUUUCAACUGUGAAAUCCAUUUAGAACAUUGCCCAGCUUCAAUUAAUUAGAGGAGUUUUUGAUGGUAGUUUAAGCGGAACUAUCAAAUCAAAUGACAAUUUAGCAGCUAACUUAAAAUUGGUGUGGAGUGCUGGCUAGGCUUAACUAUCUGAAUAUAGGGCUAACCGACCGCAGUUCACACCCAAGACAGGCAGAACCCCACCUGAGGAUAGAACUUGAAAGCUGGAAAGGGAUAGCCCAGCAAGGCUAGAGACAUUUGUUUGACCAAUCAGGUAGAUUCUAAAUGUGAUGCCAGGAGUUGCGUUCUAGACCACAAGUUUUAUUCGGACUGAUAGCCUACCAAAAAAAUAUUUUUGAAUUUUAGAAUAGCAGCCCGAUUGACAUGCAGCACAGCAAAAUUCUUUGCUAAUGCAAGCUCUCGUCCAGAGGAAGCAGUCAGGCUGGCAAGCAAUAGUGUAGAGCAAAUCAAGGGGCAUGAAAAACCGACAUGGCUGGUAAGGAGCAUCUCAAUAUAAUCUAAGUAGCAAGGCAAUCUAGCAGAUCCAAAUGCAGUAGAUGCCAGAAACCCUGGAAAUAUUGAUUUUAAUGCUAGUGGUAUUUCUGAUUAUGUGUUUUCUGACACCUCACGAACUCUCUCAAGCUCUACUUAUUAUAACCAGCUAAAACUGCUUGAUAUACUUUUGAAUACAGUAAACCCACUCUAUAAAGGAGCAAUUUUGCAAUUAGGCUUAAUAAUGGAGCAAGACCAUUUAGAUUAUAGACACCCAGUCCAAAAUAUGAGCUAUGUACAAGGCUCCAGUUUUAACUUUUCUGAUACUUGUGGAAAAGAAAAUGUGCCAUUUGACCCUAUAUGUACAAAAACAUAUUAUUGGCUAAAAAAUAAUCCUAAUAGAAAUGCUACAGUUUCUUAUGAAUACUCAGUGAUUCCUACUUAUUUAGAUACUGAUUUUGGGGCUUCUAUACUGGUGAGUCAUAAAGAUAUGAUUAAAGAUUGAAUGAAUCCAUAUGAAUAUUAUACGUAUUUUAUUACAAGUAACUAUGGAGAGCUUGUUUUGGCUGUAAGCAAUAAAUAAUAUUCCAUGAGGGAGAGCUAAUUUCUCUUCAUAAUGGAAUUUUAUUAUAGGUUGGUUUCAUCUGAAGAAUUUCUGCACAGCAGCAAUUUAACUUUAGUAACAUAGGCAGAGGAACUGAUCCUCAGCGCAUUCAAGAGGCUUUGGUUUUUACUACUAUGCAUGUCUGAAGAGGGCGAUUCUUAGGUGGAGCAGGAGCUAAGUCUUACAAGAGCGACUGCAACGUGCCGGUGAGAAGUAUAGCUUUGACUGUAAGCAAUCAUUCCAAGGAAUACCUGCUAUAUGAUUCACCAUUUAAGAGAAAGUGAUGCAACUAAUUAGGUUUAAUCACUUUUUAAUAGGUCUUGGGCUCCUGAAGCCUGAAAUACCUAUAGGGCUUUCCUUGAAUAGCCCUAUAAUCAAUUGCAAUUGUUUUGGCUUUAAAUCAAAAAGAUAUUGACCAAAUUUUCUCUUACAAUUUGUCAUAUAAUUUAUUUCCAGACGACUAUUUCUUAGCUCAAAGAGCUGCACCUACUCUGCAGGCUAUAAUCAAUGCGAAAAGUACAAGCAGCUCUGUUUUUGAUGGUCUGAAUUCUCGAUAUUACGUCGCAGUAACAAAUAUGAACAUCACUUUAAGCACCCGAAAAUAUCCAGGCUAUGAAGACUCCUUUUCAGCUGGAGUCAUGAUCAGUCGAGCCGCUCUAUUUAUUGACUGAUACGACACAUUAGACACAAUAGAAAAUACCAUCAUAAUCCAAAUGGUUAUUUUUAUUUGCUUUGUAUUCCUCACCAUUAUUAUCGCUGUUAGACUUUCUAAGUCAAUUACCCAUAGAGUUACUUAUCCUUUAUGGCAACUUGAACAAUUCAGAUUAAAAUUAAAUAGGUGCUUAUAGUUCCCAUUUCAAACUGGUGGUAUUCUGUGUGACAAUGGGGCCUGGCGGCACAGCUGAAUUGAGUGGCUUCGACCUCUGGUAACUCCAAGCCCCAAACCUUGGCUUCUUAUCAUCUUUUAUUAAAAACCUUUGCCGGCCCACCACCAUUUUAUUUAUAUAUUGAAAUGAACAAUACUUGCUUGGCAAAAUAAAACUGAUUCAUACCCAUAUUCGGUUUAAUAGAGAAACCAACACUAUUGUAAAAUCCCUUAAUUUAAUUGAAGAUAUAGAAAAACUUAUAGACCCCCAUUAUUUGCUGCACCCAAGAAUCGAGGAAAGGCUGCAGAAUUUAGAAAUCGUAGAAAUGAUUUAUACAAAAAUUGGGAAUUUAAGAGGAAUUGCUAUUAACGAUGACCCCCCCUCAAUCUUCAUGUCUAUUGCAACAAAAAUUUUUCGAAAAAAACUUCAUGCCUACUGCAACACAACAUUUUUAUAAAAAAAUUAAUGCAUUUUUCUCUAGGUGAGUUUCUCAAAAAAACCAUAAAGCAGCGCUGCUGUAGGCGUGUCAAUGACCUUCUCAUCGAGAUUUGGACGGCUAUUGUCAUCGCUCGCAAUUUUAUUAAACUUAUCUAGCUGAAAAGUACGGAAAAAUUUAAGAUUCGCAUCGAAAAAUUGUUGACGAGGAUUAGAUUAUUACAAACAGGCACUAGCCAUAUUGGUGACGCAGUCACCAAAGACCUCCCAUACGGAAUAUUCGACCGCUUUUCGACUCUAGCCCAGAGGGUCUAUCCCUCUUACGAGUGCCCUUCUGGCACCUUCUGUCUCCUCCUUACCUUGCGGCUAUAGUCUUGAGUGGGCGGCUUAUGGAUUUCUGUGGCCCUGCUACAGGCGAUUGGAUUAUUUUGACUCCAAAGAUCCUUGGAGUCUAUCGGGUGUCAAAGUGCCUUACUUCGAUAGCUACAGGCAAAAGACUGUUCCCCUGCCUGGGCCAAAACCUCAGUUUCUCUGUAGACGAAUGCCCAUGGGUCCUUGGAUCCAAAGGACUUUGUUGAGCACCUCCAUUUCAACCACAGGAAAGCAGCCAAAACCUACCCGGAUCACACUUCUUGAGCCUGCGUCUGACUCUCGGCUCGGAGUCCGUCCCAGUUUGCCGUAGCCAUAAGGCCUGGACUGUUGCGCCAAGAGGGCAGGUUGACACGUGUCGCAUUUUAAUGUAUAUAAUUUGUUGCAAGAGACAUGAAAAUUAUUAUUUUUUUUAUAUAAAUUUUUAUAUUAAAAAAUUGAAUUUUUGUUGCAAUAUACAUGAAGAUUGAGGGGGGGGGAUCAUCGUUACUUCAAAUUUAAUUGGAAAUAUUUUUUAUGAUAAUGGACAAUAUAGGAAAGCAAUUGAAAAAUAUAAAGAAUCACUAGAAAUAACAGUAAAAAUAUUAGAAGGUGUAGAAGAACAAGAAAAGGAGGAAUCUGAGCUAAAUGAACAAGAAAGAAUAAAAGAAGGCUUUGUGUAUUCUGGCUGGAAAGCAGAAAAAGAUUUUUUAAUUGAUGAUAUCAAUAAUAGAAAACUGCAGCUAUGUAUGGCUAUGAGGGCAAACUUAAAAGUUACAACCGCACCAAUAACUGAUUUACGAACUGAGUGGAAAGAAGUGCUUAACCUUCAAACCAGCGUCCUCCAGCACUACAUCCAAACUUCUUCAAAUUUUUUACAGUUAAUCAGACUUCUUAUAGAUAUGUCAAUUUCUUUUCAGUCCCUCCAAUACUUCCACUCAGCAAUUGAAAUUUUAAAUAUUGUCCAUGAUGAGCUUGAAAAGCUUGACCAAAGCAGUCCUGAGUUCAUUGAUAUUGACAUUGCCAGACUUAAGAGAAUUGGGGUCAAUCUGCAAGAUAGCUUAACAACGACGUCAAGUUUUUUUAACGUCACAGAUAUUACUUAUCAAAAAGACGUUUUAAAGCAGUUCAUGUAUUAUAGAAAAGGAAUCAUCUUUAAAGAGCAAGACAAGUUCCAAGAAUCAGCAGCAUCUUUUACCUUGGCUAUCGAAAGAGGAGAGUAUUAUGACCCUGAAAUCCGAACACUCUGCAUAGAAGAACUUAACCGCAUGAUGAAUAAGUUUUCAAUAAAAACUGGAAUCGAUGAACUCAAAAGAAUGCACCAUAAUAUCAAAUAUUCAAAAAAAUCAAUAGUCUUCAUUUUAAGCUAUAAAAUCAACUCCAACCCGAAGCUAAAUAAAAAACUUAUUAAGUUUGUGAAUAAAGAAAUAGGCCAAAAAAGGGACCAAUUUGGAGUAGUAUGCAUGAAUUCGAAAAUAAAAAAUAUUUUAGACGUGGCUCCAAGAGAUAUGCCAGAAGUUGAUUUGGAGCAUUUAUUAUUUCAGAUAGCAGCAAGAGCAGAUGGAGAAGAAUUGGAUCAUAUUUAUGAUUUAAUUAUGUGUGGGUUUAAUUGUUUUCCUGUUGAUACUCUUGAUAAACAUAUAGUUGCCUUUGUUGGUCCAAGUGAUGCAGAUGUUGGGGCUUCUUAUUUAAAAGACCUUGAAGAAAUUACUGCAAGAAAAAUCCAAAUUAUCGUGAUUUUUAUAGAAACGCUAGUCGACUCAGAUUUUCGGAAUUUUUUAGAAAACAAUGACUGCAAAAUAUUUAUUUGUGACAAAAUAAGCCAAUUAAAUGAAAUAUUGGAAGAAGUCAAAAGCCUCCUGUUUGGGAGAUCUUUAAUAUAA